AUGGAAGAAAAUUCUCGAGUAACGAAACAUUUUUUCAAAGUCAUGUCGCGUGAUUUCCAUUCAAAUUUGGCCCUGCCAAAAGCUUUUGGUAGAAAUCUAAAUGAAGUAAAAUUGGCCAAUAUAACGAGUAGCAAGGGAGUCUGGAAAAUCAGUGUUUCUAGAAGUAAUAGUGACACUGUGUUUUUUGAGGAGGGUUGGGGUGAUUUUGUUCGUCAACACGACCUCACUGUUGGAGAUAUUGUCGUUUUUGAACACAUUGGGGAAAUGCAUUUCAAUGCUUUCGUGUUUGAUUUUACUGCAUGUGAGAAAAAAUUUGACGAUGAUUUAGCCGAAAGAAACGAAGGAACUGCUGGAGUAUGCAAUAAUUUGGAAGCAAUUAAGUCAAAUGCAGGUUCUUCAUGCCAGCAUAGGGAUCCAUAUUUUGUCAUAACAAUGAAACACCAUAACUCUCCUGAUUGUAAACAGCCAUACAUGCGUAUCCCGGUUGAAUUUUGGAAAUCUAAUGGCCUGAAUGAGAAGACUAGCAUAAAUCUAAGAGAUCCUUCAAGCAAGAACUGGUUAGUGGAACUAAAAUUUUACAAAACUGUUGGUAAUGGUCGUGUUACUAUGGAAAGGGGCUGGAAACAGUUUUAUGAAUCCAACAAGCUCAAGAAUGGUGAUGUUUGCACUUUUGAGCUCAACCACAAUCCAAAAGGGUCCCCUGUUGCUUCAAUGGCUGUGCACUUUUUCCCAGCUCCUACUCAACUCAUCCCUCAUAUUGAAUGCUAA